GACGGCGCGCUGCAGCUCACGAGCUCACGGCAAGCCAACUUCUUUACUCACCCAGUCGCGACUCGCCACUAAACAAAAACAAUGGCGGAGCGGAGGAAGCGCACUGACUUGGAAUUUGAUGGCACCCGCUCGUCGUAGUAGAUACAAGUGAACGGGGGUGAUUUCUUUGCCCAUGGACAGGCACCAGUUCUAUCGCGAAAUGGAUAACCCGACCGAAAAUCCCAACAAGGCGGCGGAAUACCUGAAGGAGCUAAAUAAAAUUAUCGAGACACAACAGGAGUUGUUGGAGACGCAAAAGAUUCGGAUUGAGGAGCUGGAGCAGCAAGUCACCGAUCUUUGCACAGAAAAUGCUUGUUUGAAGGACCAGCACCAGCGGCACCUGGCCACCUGCAGACUGACACUGCAACAGAGUAACAGUCACCCCACGUUGGGAGCGAUUAAAGAAAAUGUUAUACAGGAAAAGACCGAAAGUGAAAGUAUCAGGAGUGUCCGACGACAUGCCUCCUUGCCGCUGGACGUCACGGGCAGCCCUGUCCACUAUCUUCCCCCACCGUGCCGGAGGAGUUAUCCCUGUCGCAAGUGGAAGUCAGCGUCAUUCGGUGUGGAGGGUGAUGCCCAAGGAGGUGACUUGGGCCCAUCACUGGACGCAGGCGGCAUCGGCUACGCUCGCGGGCCCGUGACGCACGGCGCACUCAUCAGCCCUGGUGGCGGUGGCGGCGGCACUGUGGUCGGCAUCGCGUCGGACCGCUACGAGGCGCCCAUCUACGCCCACAUAAUACCCGGGCAGCGCCCGAGGAGGCCCAAGCUCCAGCACUCGCAGUCCAUCCUGCGGAAACAGGCCGAGGAGGAGGCCAUCAAACGCUCGCGCUCGCUCUCCGAGAGCUAUGAGCUCUCCACCGACCUCCAAGACAAACAGGUGGAGAUGCUAGAGCGGAAGUAUGGUGGACGCUUCAUAACCCGCCAUGCAGCCCGCACCAUCCAGACAGCCUUCCGCCAGUACCAGAUGAACAAGAACUUUGAGCGCCUGCGCAGCUCGAUGUCGGAGAACCGCAUGUCCCGGCGCAUCGUCCUGUCCAACAUGAGGAUGCAGUUCUCCUUCGAGGGGCCCGAGAAAGUGCACAGCUCCUACUUCGAGGGCAAACAGGUCUCGCUCACCGACGACGGCAGCGGGAGCGGGCAGCUGGGCACCCUGGUGCAGUCGUCGGCGGAGUGCCGCGACAUGGUGCCCGUGGUGCCCAGCAGCAUCAAGUCGCCCUCGGGCGCGGCCCAGGCCGAUUUCAACGACGCCAUCACCGAGCUGGAGGACGCCUUCUCCCGACAGGUCAAGUCCUUAGCGGAGUCCAUCGACGACGCGCUGAACUGUCGCAGCCUGCACGGCGACGACGCGUCACCGUCAGCCGGCGACUCUGGUCGGGGUCACCACCACCACCUGCAGGACUUAGAGCGCGGGGGUCACACAGAGGUGGUGACCUACCAGAGCAAGCCGCUGACGCGCAGCACCAGCUCGGACCACAAGCUGGACGAGAUGACGGCGUCCUACAGCGACGUGACGCUCUACAUCGACGAGGAGGAGUUGUCGCCACCGCUGCCGCUCUCCACGCACUCGCCGCACGCUGUGGAGCGGCCCUCCAGCACCGAGUCAGACCUGCGGCUGCGCUCGUACAACUCCUCGUCCAAAGAGUACUGGUCGCUGGUGCACAAAGAGGACAAGGGCGGCGGCGGCGGAGACACGGACACCAGCUGCCACAGCACGCCGUCCCUAGAGCUCCCCGGGGAGACUCGUCUGAGGGUGGACCACCUCCCGUUGCUCACCAUCGAGCCGCCCAGCGACAGCUCGGUGGAGCUUAGCGACCGCUCGGACCGGGGCUCGCUCAAACGCCAGAACGCCUACGAGCGAGAACGUGGUGGUGGUGGUGGUGGUGGAGGACCCAGCCAGCAGAGCAGCCCCAAGCAUAUCUCCCACGGUAGCUCGCGUGGGUCCCACCACCGAGAGCUGCCCCCCAGGGGCCCGUCGUCGCGAAGUGGCGUUGGUGGCAUCGGGGAUGACGAGCUCAUCGUGGGUAUCGCCCACCAGCCUCCCUUGCCGCGCCACCGGCCCCGGCAGCUGGAGAGCAGCCACCUGGCCAUCAACGGGACGGCCAACCGGCAGAGCAAGUCCGAGUCGGACUUCUCAGACGGCGACAACGACAGCAUCAACAGCACGUCCAACUCCAACGACACCAUCAACUGCAGCUCGGAGUCGUCGUCGCGCGACAGCCUGCGCGAGCAGACGCUCAGCAAGACCACCUACCACAAGGAGACGCGCAACAGCUGGGACUCGCCCGCCUUCAGCAACGACAUCAUCCGCAAGCGGCACUACCGCAUCGGACUCAACCUCUUCAACAAGAAACCGGAGAAAGGUAUCCAGUACCUGAUCGAGAGGGGGUUUGUUCCCGACACGCCUGUGGGUGUGGCUCACUUCCUGCUGCAGAGGAAGGGGCUGAGCCGGCAGAUGAUUGGAGAGUUCCUUGGCAACCGGCAGAAACAGUUCAACAGAGAUGUUCUAGACUGUGUGGUAGAUGAGAUGGACUUCUCGGCUAUGGAGCUGGAUGAGGCUCUACGGAAGUUCCAGGCCCACAUUAGAGUACAGGGCGAGGCACAGAAGGUGGAGAGGCUCAUAGAGGCCUACAGCCAGCGCUACUGCAUCUGCAACCCCGGCGUGGUGCGUCAGUUCCGCAACCCGGACACCAUCUUCAUCCUGGCGUUCGCCAUCAUCCUCCUCAACACGGACAUGUACAGCCCCAACGUCAAGCCCGAGAGGAAGAUGAAGCUGGAGGACUUCGUCAAGAACCUCAGAGGUGUGGACGAUGGCGAGGACAUUCCGCGGGAGAUGCUGAUUGGCAUCUACGAGCGCAUCAGGAAGCGUGAGCUGAAGACCAACGAGGACCACGUCUCCCAGGUCCAGAAGGUGGAGAAGCUCAUUGUGGGAAAGAAGCCAAUCGGCUCACUUCAUCAUGGCCUUGGAUGUGUGUUGUCCCAGCCUCAUCGCCGGCUGGUCUGCUACUGUCGGCUGUUCGAGGUGCCGGACCCCAACAAACCACAGAAGCUGGGCCUGCACCAGAGAGAGAUCUUCCUCUUCAACGAUCUGCUCGUGGUCACCAAGAUUUUCCAGAAGAAGAAGAACUCGGUGACGUACAGCUUCCGGCAGUCCUUCUCCCUCUACGGCAUGCAGGUGUUGCUGUUUGAGAAUCAGUAUUACCCCAAUGGCAUCCGGCUCACCUCCGCCAUCCCAGGUGCCGACAUCAAAGUCCUCAUCAACUUCAACGCGCCCAACCCCCAGGACCGCAAGAAGUUCACGGACGACCUGAGGGAGUCCAUCGCCGAGGUGCAGGAAAUGGAGAAAUAUCGCAUCGAAUCGGAGCUGGAGAAGCAGAAGGGCGUGGUGCGUCCCAGCAUGUCCCAGACCAAGAAGGACACGGGCAACGGCAACCUGAGCCGCGCCAGCCUGGACGACAGCUACGCUAUUGGGGAGGGGCUUAAACGGAGCGCGCUCAGUAGCUCACUGCGUGACCUGUCCGACGCAGGUGAGGUUCAAAUCAUCAGGCUCGGGAGAGACGACCUCUACAUCCUGUCAGGCAAGCGAGGCCGCAGGAGCAGUGCAGGAUCGCUAGACAGCAAUAUGGAAGGCUCCAUCAUUAGCAGCCCCCACAUCCGCCGGAGACCCACCUCCAGCCGCGACUGCCCGUCCCGCAGCAGCGGCCACACCUCCCUGCCCAACUCCUCCUCCCUGCUGGGCUCCCUGUUCGGCACCAAGCGGGGCAAGUCGCCCUUACCCGCGCAGCCCCAGGCCCCGCCGGGCCACCCCACCCUCAUCUCCCACACGCCCCACCCCUCCAACUUGCACCACACGGCGCGGGACGGGGUGGUGGUGACCGAGACCCAGGCCCAGAUGCACACACACCACGCCCAGUUCUGCCACAUGCAGCAGCAGCAGCAGCAGCAGCAGCAGCAGCAGACGCAGCAGAACCCGCCGCCCUACCACCACCACCACCACUACCACCCCCCUGCCCAUCUGCAGCACGCCCCGCACCAGUUCCACGCGCAACAGCCGCCCUCCUCCUCCACCGCCUCCAUCUCCUCCUCCCAUGGUGGUGGCCACCCCCCUCCGCACGGUCCGCACUCCCACGCGCACCCGCCGCACCCGCCCCACGGCCACGCGCCGCACCCCCCACAUGCCUCUCACUCCUCCCAGCACCCAGCGUCCCACCACCAUGGGCCCUCGCCCGCCUCGGCCCAGCCACCGGCCGCCACCAAGCCCAAGCACAGCGGGAUCAGCACUGUGGUGUGAUGACGGAGCGAGAGAGCCUGUUUUUGUUUUCCUGUUAACAGACACACACACACACACACACACACACACACACACACACACACACACACACACACACACACACACACACACACACACGAAAAAACAAGUUUUUCAAAGACCUGGCCACACAUUCACAUACACACAGACACUCACACACACACACACACACACACACGAGGACACACACGCACACAUGAGGACACACACACACACACACACACACACAAGCUCCUCUGGGACAGCUACUAGGAGAGGACACCUGGCAGAAGCCUAGAGGAGCACAUACAGCACACUCACACAUGUGUGUGUGUUUGUGUGUUGCUGGCUGCUGACCAAAGGGAAAGGGAUGGAAAAAAAACAGGAAAUGUCUGGACGGUCAGCUGGGAUGUGAUUUUUUUUUCCCCACCAUGCACCACACCAUCCCGUGGGGACAUAAAGGACCUCUUGGCCAGACCUGCAUUUCAUUUCAUCAGGUGUUGGACCCCCUGGUACCCAGCCCUCUCCCCCCCCAGCGGUGAGGGGAGAGGUGUGGGGGAUGGAGAAGCCAGGUGGGGGGUCAGGACGUUUUCUUUGGAGGAGGAUGGAGGCUGCUGAAAGCCCUCAGGGGCCCCUGGUCCCUUUGCCUUUGCAACCGAACACCUCCUAAGACUUUGUAGCGCUACCGAGUGAAGCUAACAUGACUGUUCUUUCUUUCUCUUUGAAUUUAUUUCUCUAUUCUCUUUCUUUCUCUCUCUUUCUCUCUCUCUCUCUCUCUCUCUCUCUCUCUCUCUCUCUCUCUCUCUCUCUCUCUCUCUCUCUCUCUCUCUCUCUCUCUCUCUCUCUCUCUCUCUCUCUCUGGCUCUUAUCUCUCUACUCAUCAUCUAGAAGCUGUUUCACUAGUGAAAAUAUAAGAGACAUUUUCACCAACUCUCUGGUGUUAGAAUAACACAACAGACACCAAUAUUUAAAAAACAAAAAUACAAAGCAAGAGCAUGCACAAAAGACCAUGGAAACUGUUUCUCUCGUAAUGAAUUAUCUUAGGCUUCUUAAAAGCAUUAUCAAUAUCCUGAGUACUAGUUUUUUACCAGAUCUGAUAAUGUUUCAGAGGGUGGCAUUUUUGUUUGUUUGUUUUGUUUGUUUCCCAAUUGGCUCAGCAGUGUGCGAACGGGUUGUGAUACUGUAUGACAAUGGCGAACAUGAUGUGACUGAAAAAUUUGGUAACAAAAAUGUAGGUGUUCCAGUAUUUGAUGUAGCUAUAGACCAGAACUCUCUGUAACCUCUGUUAUAGCAGUUAUACAUGUGCCAACUAUUCAAGCAAAUAACCGGUUUAGUUUAAAAAAAGGGAGACUUGCUUUUGUGUAUAUUGCGCAUAUAGUAUUUUGUAAAAUAAUAAUAAUAAAAUUAUCAACAGUUUAUUAUUAUUGUUAUAGAGCAAAAUCAUUUAGAGGGGGGACUUUGGAGCUGAGCUUUCAGACAGUAUUACGUUUGUAGAAACUAAGAGACCUGCGAAGAGUCUCGGAAACGACAUUCAACGAUUUGUUCAAUGACCUGGACAAUCUGUUUGCCUUGGAAUUACUCUCAAUUCUCAGAAUAUACUAGAAUGACGGUCGGUUGACCACCCAUGACAGUGUACAUACUGUAGCUGCGUCCGGAAGAGAAAAACUCACAUAAAGGAAUGUUCAGGGAGAUGUUGAGGAAGUGCAAGGGGUGGAGGAGAGGGCAUGUGGUUGGCUCUCCACUCACUGGAGAAACUUGGGCAGUGUCAUAGCAGUUUCAACUGUCUGUGCACCACGGUUUUAUUUUUUUAAAACUAUUUUUUUAGAAAUAAAAUGAUAUAUAAAUAUAUUACAAAAAAACAAUGGCAUACUGUACAUUACACACACAAUGUAUAUGGUUGUAAGAUGAUACGAUGAUGGAGGCUAUUUUCAACAUAGUCUUAGCAUUUAUUUUGCUGGAGAGUGGAGAAGGGUGGGCCAUGAUGUUCUUGCUGUGUUUCGUUUCUCUGUUUUUGUUUUUCUCUCUCCUCAUUUUCUAUCCAUGGAGAAGGGUGGAAAGACUUGUGCCCUCGCCUCCUCCCACCACUGAAGGGCCAGAACAAAAUAAUGUGACUUUUUCCUUUACAUUUCAGAAUGUCUAGCCUAAAGUUGACUUUCUCAGCUGGCUGAGUUUACCCUCCCUCUGUGUCCCUUAUAUCAAUGUCCUCAGUGUUUUCUCCUUCGUUGUUUUUCUUGGUAAAAAAAAAGAAUCCAAGGAUGACGUCGAUUUUGCCCAUAGAGAAGCCCUCUGAUUGCCUUUCACUUUGCUGUAGAGAGAACAGUGACAUGGUGUACAGUACAAUAGACCACAGGUAGAGAGGUGUAAAUGUACCAGUCAUUUUCUAUUAGUGUACAGAGUACAUGUCAACCUUUUGAAAUAUAACUAUUUAAAAUAUCAGUCAAAUGUAUGUGAGGACCCUCUUUCGCAGGUCCCUUCAUAUGUACAGUAUAGUGCAGAUUUUAAGACUUAUCGUACAUGACUGUGGUGGACUGUGUCUGACUUGGAUACAAUGGAGUACAUCCAUGCCAAACGUAGGCCAGACGAUGGGGAUUUUGUUUUGGAAAUGAUGAACGUAUGAGGUGACGUGUCCACAAACAGCACUUGUUUCACCUUACAAAAAUGUUCACUUUAUGUAUAGUUUAAUUAUCCACCACUAACAUCUGUCCAUUGGUAAUCAAACCGGGGACGAUGUUAGUGUAUAUUUCUCCCCCCAUGAGUUUGUCUUUGGUAUACCUUUUUGUUUUUGCUUCUUUUUUACUGAUUGUUUGUGCAAUAUCUAUGUAUCAGUUUUUCCUCUGAAUGGUGUCUGAGUUUUAUGUUGCUGUUCCUAACCCCCAUCUCCCCCAUGUGUUUCGUCUCGGUGACCUGCAAGGGUUACUGUAGGCCGCAGAGCCAGCUCUCUGCAGCAAAUACAAGGAAUGUCAAAAGGAAGUACUCUUGCAUGAAACAUUAUAUUGUUAUACUCUUCUCUAAAUAUUGUAUAUUCCCACAAAAAAAACUAUAUCAGUGUUACAGUGGAUUAUUGUUGAAAAUUUGAGUGAUAAUAUUAAAAAGACAAAGUAGACUUUCCACCGCUCUGAAGUCUUUUGAUUGAGUUGUCCGUUGUGGCGGUUGAGUGGAACAUGUUGGUAUAGUUCUGAUCCUGUAAGGAUCCACUCCUCCAUGUGUCUUCAUACCAGGGAUGAGUUUCUCAAAAGAGAAGUUGUUAGCCUGUUAGCAAUUUCGGUAGUUGCCAAUGGGAAAAUGCAUUGAAAACAACAAAGUAGCUAAUGUAGUAAGCAACUUUGGUUUUGAGAAAUUCACCCCAGAUGGAUUAGUUACACCGCUGUGACUUCACUAUCAGUGAAGUGACGCGUGAGGUUCAAGUCUGAGUCUGCUCUGACAAUGUUACAGUCUGUUUGUAUGGGCACAGGUAUGCAGCAAAUGGCAACAUUUUUCUAUGGUCAAUAUAAUCACUGGAUCUAACCUCACAGAUCAAAUUUUUAUAGUUACGUAGCCAGAUUGAAUUUAACAACAUCGUACAAGUAGAUCGGGUAGGCUAAAAGGCAUUGUCUGUAAACGCUGUCAGUUAUCUAGAAUCUCCAAUAAUUUAUGUUUACACAAUCAAUUUGUAAUCCACAUUGAAUGAAGAAAUUGUAAUUAUUAUAAACUAUUAUUAUCUAACAAGAAGUACUUGUGAAAGGAAUUCAAUUAUGUCUGAAAUAUAUCAUUUUGGGACAAAUAACCUACGUUUGAGUUUUCUCCGCAUUUUAGCUUUCACCUAAUGAUGUUUUUUUUCCUGGUUUACUUUUAUGAGCGUUUCGAUGCACAAAUAAUAUGGUGAUUUUGUUUUUGGCUUUGUACAGAGCAGCUCAACACCCAAUUUUCAGAACUGCACGCAACUGCUGUCAAUCUCCUCUGAGUUCAUUGUUUGUUCAAUAAAAUGUAACCUUAUUUGUUUAUUCCUCUUCUCAACCUGUUACCAGAUUGUUUGCUAUUUGUGUUCACCUGUCACGUUUCAUUUUGUAAGUGUCAUAUGUCUGUCCCUCCCGUAUUAGGCAGUAAGUUGCUUUCGGCAUGUAUCUCUCCUGUUUAUCCAUGUGUAAAAAUGAAGACCAUCAAUGCACUUUCUGUGUGAUGAGGACUGUGCUCAUGUACUGUAUAUAUAUACUACGUGAAAUUGACGAGAAACAUCUCAAGGAAAGAAUACUGGGGGUUUGGAGGGGUUUACUAACACAAAACAGGGGUUGGACUUGGGCUUCAAAAAUCUGUAUAUAGUGUGUAUCAUAUUGGUAUUCUAUGUCAACCAAUACAGCAAAGGUGCGUCUCACACCACCCAAUACCAUACUCUGCUUUACGGACUACAUAGCAUAGUACAUCCUCUGCUGCCACUCAAACCAAAUUGUCAUAGGAUCCUGCAGUAUAGCUGUGUCUACCUACAUAUCUGACUGUUGCAUCAUCACCACCCCUUCACACCUGCUCUCGUGCGCUCUCUCUCCUCUCUCGUCCAUGGCUCAUUUUAUAUUUAUGACAACAACGGAGAAAAAGGACUUUCAUUUUACAAUAGGCAAUCUGUUUCUAAAGUAGGUGAUGAGACCCUGUUGAUGUACCACUUUAAAAACUGUGACCAUGUCGACAAUACAAAAUAAAUAAUAA